CAAAAGCAACAAAACAAAGUAGAGAUUUUCUGGGAAAACCAGUUUUAUUGUUUCUUAGCCUCUAGUUUCAUUACACCUUCAAUACAAUUUCAUUGAAAUUACUGCUGUGGACUUGAUAUGUGUUCCUACAAUGGAAACCUACUGACGGCAAAAAUUCGGAGUUACUUCCUCAAAAUCCCUAUAUAAACGAGACCAGGGGAGACUGAUUUUCCUCAAAAUAUUGCUUCUUCUUCCUAUACUCUUUUUCCUUGUGCUUGAUCUUUUACUUCCUGUAACUUUCCGCUAUACUAAGAAACUUAGAUCAGUUCCUUAAAUCACAAAUGGGAGAGACUCACCCCAGCCAUCCAGAGCAUGAACUCGAGUUCAAAAACUUUAAAAAAAUCUACACGUGUGAUGGCUGCAAGCAGCGAGGCUUUGGUUCAAGAUACAGAUGUGAUCUCUGCGACUUUGACCUUCAUACAGAAUGUAUGGUCGCAAAGCCUACUGCUCAUCACGACUUCUUGGAGAAUUCAGCCUUCAAAUUACUAUAUGAACCUCCUCCAGUUAAGAAAUGCUUCUGUGAAGAUGAUUGUCGUAGAUGCUGCGACGCCUGCGGACAACCUGUGAAAGGUUUUGUCUAUCACGAUGAAAAGAACAACUGGGAUUUGCAUCCUUGUUGCCAAAAGUUACCCUGCGAGGAACCCUCUGAUGGUGUUCUGUUUAAGCUUUCUGAAAAGGCGUUAUCAGAGUGCUAUUUUUGCAAUAAGACAAAGCGUGAAUGCACUGCAUCCCAAAUUGAGGGGUGGUCUUAUGUAUCCAAGUGCAAGAAAUUUAACAUUCAUGUGAAUUGUUUAACAAAAAAGAUUCUGGAGGGACGUGAGAAUAGGGCUUACCAGGAUGAUAAUAGUUUGGCUCUUCAGAAAUUAGAGUUUUCUCUUCAACGUCAGAAUAGAAAUCGAAGAAAUGGUAACAAAUUUGUCAGGAUAAUGAAGAUACUCUUCAAAACCAUUGCAGCAAUUCUUCUUGGCGAUCCAACCAUAGGCCUUACAUGUCUCGUGGUGGAGCUCCUCGCAAAAUGACCAUUGGUUUGUUUAUUAGAAGGUUAAUAAUCAAGCUAGCUAUACAAGGGUAUAUCAAGUUCUUUCUUGAGGCACUCCACAAUCGAUCAAGCUAUAUAAUAAUUCGUCUCUGGUUGAACUUGAACUCAAAUUGAAGCUUGUUUUGGGUGUGAGAAGACAAUAAAAGGAGUGAACAAAUUUCUUUUCAUUUUGCUAAGAUUUCAGCAUUUCAAUUUUAAUUUAAGAGUUUCUUAUAAUGUUGAUCUCUAUUGUAUUUCACAGGUGUGCUUCCCCUCAAUAAUAAUUAAUUUCUUAUAUUUCAUUUCC